UGAGGUGCUUGAGUUUAAUACAGUUAAGGGCCCUACACAUACCAGAGCCAGCUAUAGCUGGGGGUUCAUGACAGAGAGCAGAACUGGCACAGGACAGCACAUAUUUCAGAGGACGCUGUAGCACUGUAGGAAGGUAAUUACCUGCAAUAAUCAUUACGAAUUUGGAAGAAAGUGGGCAUUAAAAGAAAACUAAUCUCAUGCUUGCCCUGAAGGCUAUGUUGAGCUGGAAACCAGUGCAGCAAUCCACCAUCAGUUGUAUCCUCUAUUGUCAAAGGGGAAUGCCUAAGGUGUUCUCUGCAAUACGCAGUCUAGCCCUCCCCUUUUCUAACUCCACCCACUUGCAUGCCAGAAAGAAGAAAACCUAUAGUAGCAGCAUGACCUCGACGGGUUUGCCUUUAGUCAGGGGUGUGUCUAUCGCUUCAGCUGGAUGUUCCUCUUGACUGCACAUAAUCUGCCCUGUUGAAGGACAUUUUCAUUAAAAGGGGCUAAAAAAACGGUUCUGCGCAGUCAGCACUAUGACUGAUGGUGACUAUGAUUAUCUCAUCAAGCUCCUCGCUCUGGGGGACUCUGGAGUGGGAAAGACCACCUUCCUCUACAGGUACACCGACAACAAGUUCAACCCCAAGUUCAUCACCACAGUGGGAAUAGAUUUCAGGGAAAAGAGAGUGGUAUACACGGCAACCAACUCCAAUGGGACCACAGGGAAGACCUUCAAAGUGCACCUUCAGCUCUGGGACACGGCGGGACAGGAGAGAUUCAGGAGCCUCACUACAGCCUUCUUCAGAGAUGCCAUGGGCUUCCUGCUCAUGUUCGAUCUCACCAGUCAACAAAGCUUUCUGAAUGUCAGGAACUGGAUGAGUCAGCUCCAGGCCAACGCUUACUGUGAAAAUCCAGACAUAGUACUAGUUGGCAAUAAGGCAGACCUGGCUGAUCAAAGAGAAGUGCAAGAGAAGCAAGCGAAGGAGCUAGCAGACAAGUAUGGGAUCCCUUACUUUGAGACGAGUGCAGCCACGGGUUCGGAGGUGGACAAGGCCGUGAUCACACUUCUAGAUCUGGUGAUGAAGCGCAUGGAGCAGUGUGUGGACAAGCCCACCCAGGAUGCCCCCAACGGGGACGGCGCCAGCAAACUGGCGGCUCCCCCUUCCAACGAGAAAAAGUGUGCAUGCUAGGCCAAAUCUUCUCCCGCCUCUCCCAAACCUUACCCCCCCCCACCCCCACCACCUUGGCAGGGCCCCCACCUCAUGGAUGAACACAUACGCAGAGAUACACUCCACUCACAACACAAGUAGAUGUUAGACAACAGAGGCAUGACAAGUGAAACAGGAAAGUCUAAAAGAUUCCGGUACUCCUUCUUGGUACUCCUGGGCCCUUAUUUGAGUCACUGUAUUUAAGAGUAUUUAUGAUGGCCAUUGUGCUGCCAUUUUCCACAAAAGCCCUCCUGAUUCACUGCCUAUUAACCCACAUUAAUCUGCUAAACUGUAGAUUUUCCCUCUAUGACUUGAAAAUAUUGCCUUGUUAAUUUACACCCUACCAUUUGAGAAAAAAUGCACCUGCUGUUAUGCAGAAGUGCUCAUUUCUCAAGAAUGCGUUACUAUACGAUCUCAAAUAUGGCCAAAAUUGUUUUUAGCAUUUGUUCUUAUGUGAACCACUAGGGAACCCAGUAUUGCUUGGAAUGAGAUGAAACGUCAUAUAAUCAAAAAAACAAA